CCGAAAAAUAGUUAAACAGCUGCCGACGACACACACAGGAAGAAAAAUAACCACGAAGGACGAAGGACGAUGGCUACAAAGCCCGAAGUUUCAAACCCGAACCCGAUCGAAUAUCGUAUACGUGAUUCGCACGACCAACAGUUGCUCCGCCUUGGCCGUGUAUUGCUGUGUGGCUUUCUGUUGCUGUUUCUGUUCCUGGCCAUGUUGCUCCUGCCUUUGGCCUCCAUAAUAGACACCGUCAGCCGCCGCAGUGUCACAGUCCAUGCUCGUCCUUUGGGCUGCCAAGUCGCGUUUUCAAUCGCUCGCUGGCCGCUCGCAAGUCGCUUUAAAAGUCGGUGACAAAAACGCGGUUUCGAGUGAAGAACUCUAACUAAAAUAAAAACAAAAUUAAAAACUAAUAUAAAACAAAGAAAAUUACAAAAAAUAACAAUUAAAAGUUCAAGUUGAAUGCAGGUGUUUGUGGUCAACUGUUGCUGUUGCUGGUAGCUGGGUGUUGAGGAAAUCCAGUGCAUAUGCUGCACCUGACCGGAGACAAGUCCUGGCAUUCCGUGGAGGCAAUGUAAGCAUUCCGGGACAAACGUCGACGACAGCACAUUAAGGAAGAACAACUUGAAAUUACCAUAAAGACCGCAGAGGUCGGGGAGUGCGGCGAGCGGGGACGUGGGCAGAGCGGGUAGCGGGGAGGAGCGAGCGGUAAGAGAUGCGGUCGCUUAACAAGUCAGCGGCCGAGGAGGAGCUGACUGGCCUCAAUGGCAACUCCAGUGGCUCCAUCUAUACCAUCAAGGGCGACUGGAUCACUGACUGGAGCCUCACAAAGGAGCGCGAUAAGGUGUGCAGCGCCUUGUUCAAGCGAGUCCUGACCCACACGGAGUGCAAGCGUCUCCUGGAGGCUGUCAAGAUCUACGGGGAGAGCAGUGACUUCAGUUCCUGGUCGGUAAAUGAUCAGCUGCAAUGGUACCGGAACUUCGAUGUCAACAAUACGAAUCAUUUGUUGGCUGUGAGAAAUUACUCCUUGGAUGGUGGUUCUACAAUGUCGGGUUCCAAUUCCGAUUCAGAGAUCCUUGGACCUGUUCUGCCGCCAUUUGCCCUGUGGCAAACCAUCCUGAUAGCCAUUUGCCUGGCCAUCUGCAUAAUACUGACGGUGGGCGGUAAUAUUCUAGUGCUCCUGGCAUUUAUCGUAGACAGGAAUAUCCGACAGCCAAGUAAUUACUUUAUUGCCUCCCUGGCAGCCACGGAUAUGCUGAUAGGAACUGUUUCCAUGCCCUUCUAUACGAUAUAUGUACUGAAGGGUUAUUGGGACCUGGGUCCUGUGCUAUGCGAUCUGUGGCUCUCCGUGGACUAUACGGUUUGUCUGGUCUCCCAAUAUACGGUCCUAUUGAUCACCAUCGAUCGCUACUGCUCUGUGAAGAUCGCUGCCAAGUACAGGAGUUGGAGAACGAGAACGCGGGUGAUCUAUAUGGUGACAAUCACUUGGAUCAUUCCUGCCCUGCUCUUCUUCAUCUCGAUCUUUGGAUGGGAGCACUUUACGGGCAAGCGGGACCUUCUUCCCGGUCAGUGUGCCGUACAGUUUCUCAAGGAUCCUAUCUUCAAUACGGCCCUGAUCAUUGGUUACUAUUGGACCACGCUGAUCGUGCUUUUUGUUCUAUAUGCUGGGAUCUACAAGACUGCCUACGAUAUGCAAAAGCGCAGUGAGGCCAAACAGCGGAAAAUGCAAUCCAUGGUGGCUCUGAGUGCAGGGGCAAUGUCCGGAAUGGCAGGACAUGCAGCGGGCAUUGGAGUGAUCGAGGAGAAGAUACUCAAGACGAAGGUGGAACUGGCUGGGGAUCAAACCGAUUUGGAUAGUGCCUGCACCACUGUGAUCAAGAGGUUGAGUGGUUCUGGCCAGGCCAAUCCUUUAGCUGCAGCCACUGAGGAGGUUGAGAAGAUGACACCGGAACAGAGAAGAGCUUCGGCGGCCAAAAUCCAAGAGGAAGCGAAAAAGCGAGAGGCAGCUGUGGAUGCGGAGAAGAGUGAAAGAUCUAGCAGUCCGGCGUUCGAUUCCGAUGAGGAAUCCUCCGUCAACCAGGCCCAGCAGCUGAUAACCCAACAGAAACUCAAUAACAUGAGGAAGAGAUCUUCGAUUGGUCUGGUCUUUGGGGCACAGGCAGCGUUGCUAGCCACCCGGGGCAAAGGUAACUUGCAGAAGAGCACCACCAACUCCAAGUCCAUCAAGGCCAUGCACCAGUACCACCACCACCAACAGCACCACCACAACCAGAGUCCGUUGCAGCGGGCGCAGAGCAAGGAAGAGGUGCGCUCCCUGCACCACCAGAAUCAACAGAAUCAGCACCACCACCAACAUAACCAGUCCAAUCCACCGCUGGACAGACCCAAACGCACAUCCUGCUCCACCCUGUCCCAGAUAGCCGAGCAUGAUCGUUUGGUUGACCUAACGGCAGCCCCUCCAUUACUCAACACCAGUGAUCCUUUGUCCCCCGUGGAUUUGGCACCCAUCGAAGUGCCCAGUGAUCAAGUGCAUCAGGGUCUGGUGCAGACCAUAUUGCCACCUCCCGAUGCCUUUCAGUGCCCCACCCCGCUGUCCGACGACUAUUCGGAUCGUCCCUUUGGCAAUAGUUCGGGUAACAGUGAACUCGCCCUGACCUAUGACCUGAUGACCAACUCGGAGCUGCGAUACAUGGACGAAAGCUCAGCCAUGCUGGCCAGUGUGACGGCCAACAGCACAGCCUCACCGAAUGACAGUGUCCAGGGGAAACCACCACCAGUCCUGCCUCCACCACCGCCCGCACGCCGAAAUCCACCAAAACCGAACCUGAACCAAAGCAUCAGUCAAACACCCAGCCAAAACCAGAGUCCCAGCCAAAGCCUGAGCCUCAACCUGAAUCCGAAUCACAACCAGAGUCAAAGUCAAAGUUUCGAGGAGGCGGUGGCCAUUGAAAAACGUCUUCUCGUCUCGUACACAGGCAUCGAGGACUUUGCCAAGGUGAGAAGGGAGAGCUGCAUCGAAGCGAUCUGCCUGCUAGAUGUUCCCGGGAAGCUAACAGCGGACUGUCCCCAUCGGAGAGCCUCCAGUCCAAUGGAGACGAGCAGCAAAGAUGCCAUAUUGUACUCUCCAAUGCCACCAAUGCCACUUUCUCCAAAGGUCAAGACUUCAACGCCCCAAUCGGGAACGCCCCAGUCGGCGGCAGCGCCACCACCUCCGCCGCUCCUGGAGCGUAUCGAGGAGCGGGAAACCUCGGAUAGUAAUACCAAUAAGAUGCCCUCCACCUCGGGCACCACCAGCAGUACGGGUGGGGCUGGCGGCGGAGGUGCAGAUGGAGGUGGUAGUGGUACUACCAAAAAGGAGGCAGAGGAGCAAGAUGUUAACAGAGAGGAUAAGGGUUUGGCGGCCAGCCGAAACUCCAGUAAGAGGGCGUUUAUCCAUUCGAUAGGCAAGCACUUCAAGAGCAAGAAGGCCCUGCCUCUGAUCCUUGGAGUGGGUGGACGGCAAAAGUCAAAGUCUGAGAAUCGUGCCCGCAAAGCGUUUCGCACGAUCUCGUUUAUCUUGGGCUGCUUUGUGGCCUGCUGGACACCCUAUCAUGUGUUAGCCCUCGUCGAGGGAUUCUGCCGGCAUCCGCCCUGCAUCAAUGAGCACCUCUACAUGUUCUCGUACUUCCUUUGCUACGCCAACAGCCCCAUGAAUCCCUUUUGCUACGCUUUGGCCAAUCAGCAGUUCAAGAAGACCUUCACGCGCAUCCUCAAGGGGGAUCUGCACAUGACCUAAGGUGGUUUUUUGAGAUCUAGAAAGGUUUAGUUGCUGGUAGUUGAGUUAAAUCUUGGAUGGAUUCCCAUUUGGCACUGCACUUGCUAAGAGGACCAGGCACUUGUGAGCCCCGAGAGCCUGGUUCUUACUGAAAUCCCAUUUCCCAGAACCCAAAAAAUAACUCCUUAGGCCCAUAAGUUUUCUAUAUACAUAUAUCAAAACCCAACGAAGUGCUCCGCUAAAUGGAGAAUCGACGGGAUCUCAGCCACCAGCAAAGUAUGAAAACCAAACACUUAUUAAAUUCAAAAUUUAAUCGGUGGAUGGGGAAGAUAAGGUAUCUGUAAGUAGCCAAAGGUGUGUGCAAUAGUUAGAAUCGUUUUGGGAGGGGGGUUAGUAAAACAAAACAUAAAACAGGCUAUCUGGUUUGGGUUACAUCUAGGUCUAGAGUGGCACUAAGCGGGGCGAAAUGUUUUAGACAAUAAAUAUUUUAAUGUUAAUAACCAAUCUAUGAUAACCAUGCAAAAUAUAUAUAAUAUGCUAGUUAAUAUACCAUAAACUAAACUUAGGCUUAAGUAUAUACACAUUUACCGAGACUAGAAAACCCCACAAAAACACUCUAAAAAACAUAUCCCUCUAUAUAGAACGAUGAGUCUUUUGUUGUUCCGCAGAAUGAAAUAUCAAUGAAAAUCAGACAUAUGAAUGAUUGGGGUAGCCAAUGAAACCCAAAUGAAGCCCUUUGAGGGAACCCCUCAAUGACAAUUGCCAAUUCGUCGAAAACUAUCAAAAAGUACCUAAUUUUUCUUAAAGAACAUUUAUACUUUGGCAGUUAUUUAUUUGUUUUUUUUUUGGGUAGGUAAUAGAAAUUAGUAUAUUGCAAAGAUAUAAACUGUGUUCAAAUGUUUCGACGAAUGGCAGUCGUCAGGGGGUUAGAGAAUCCUGCAGCAGAUAUACGAUUUUAAAAAGAUACAAAAACCAAGAAAACCCAGCAAACAUACCCACGUAAUUGUCUAUGGAUAUAGGUACAUAUAUGCCAGACAGGUUCAAACAGUUUUGUGUGAAUAUUCAUGAGUAUAGCAGAAACAUAUAGCUACAUAGAUGUCAAUUUUUGCGCAAGCCAGCAACUAUACUUAAACGGAUAUAGUAUAAUAUAUAGACGUCUCCUUAGCGCCUUUGCCAAGUUGCCUAAAACUGAGUUCACUCUCAUUCUAAAACUCUCUAUCCUCGGUUGAAGUUUAUUGUUAUUUGUUAUUUAACCGUUUCGUUAACCGAUUCGACUCGUUUCAAGUUUUCCAGUGAGUAAUGUGCUAAACAAAGUUUUUUGCCUUUUUGUUGAACGUUUCCUUUUAGCACGUAAGUGAUAAGUGUAACAAU